AUGCACAGCAGCGCCCUGUGGCUGCUGCCGGUGCUGCUGGGGCUGCUCGGCGCCUCUCUCACACGUGGUCAGUUCAACACAAGCAUAACACACACAAGAAGCACACAUAUGGCUGUAUUUGUAUCUGUGUGCUUGAUGUGUGUGAUCAGGUGAGGUCCACGUGUUGACGUCAGAGAACUUCACUUCCUUCGUCGAGGGCAAUGACAGAGUGCUGGCGGAGUUCUAUGCGCCAUGGUGCGUGUGCGUGAGUGCGUCCACACCCAUACGUGUCGGAGGCCACACCUGUUGUGUGUGUGUGUGUGUGUGUGUUGCGGAUCUGGUGCAGGUGUGGUCACUGCAAGGCGCUUGAGCCCGAGUACACCAAAGCGGCCGACAUGCUCACAGACAAGGGAGCCGUCACCAAACUCGCCAAGGUCAGCCACCACACGGCGUCCAGCGCAUACGCACUAUGAACUGCUGGAUACUCACAUGGCGCAGAUCGACGCCACCGAGCAGAGGGAUUUGGCUGAGACCUAUGGCGUGAAGGGGUACCCGACGCUGCGGUACUUCGACAGCCGCGAUGCUGACAUGCACAUCGAUUACUCGGGGCCGCGGGAUGCUCAGGGUACGUGCCAAUCAGCGGCUGCCUGCAUGGACAUUCUCAUGCAAUGUGUGUAUGCGUGUGGCCCUUCAGGCAUUGUGAGCUGGCUGACGAAGCGGGAGGUGCCAUCGCUUACCGUCCUCGACACCGAAGAGGUACACAUGACGCAACCCAUGAGCCCUCGAGCACCUGAACAGAUACGCUUGGGGCAUUUGUAUGUGCAAACACGCACAGGCCGCCUUGGCGUGGGCUAAGAAGCGCGACUACGCCAUCGUGGCUUACGGCCUUAGGAAGGGCGGCAAGAAAUCAAAGAUGGUGCAGCAGAUAGCUGAGGACCUUCUGGACAACGACGAAGACUUUGCCAUCGUGUAUGGGGCCACCAAGGUGCGUGGGUCGAUGAACACGUCAACACAUGCACCACACAGCUCUCCACGUGUGUGUGUGUGCAUGUGUGUGUAUGCAGGAUGCCCCCCAUAGGCUGAUGUUCUACCGCAGUCGGUCUAAGUUCCCCUCUCAACACGACGCAACGGGUGAGUGUGCGUGCGUGUCUGUCGUGCACACGAGCGCAAUCACGCGUAUGGGUGCAUUGCAUUUGUGGGCAGAGAUCACCUACAAGGGCAGCUGGUCUCGCGAGUCGAUAGAGGACUGGAUCGCCGAACACAAAUACCCUUUCAUCAGAGACGAAGUCAACACUGGUACGCAUAAACACGUGUGCCUGUUGUGUGUGGGUGGGCAUCCGGCUGUCCGUGUGUGUGCAGAGAUGUAUCUCCAGCAGAACCAGAGGAGGUCAGCUGUCAUCGUCUCACAAGGUCAGCAUUCCACCGACGCACUGACCUGACCGAGUGUAUGUGUAGAACCGUGUGUGUGAUGUGUGCCCGCGUGUGUGCGGCAGUUGACACCGACCGCGCGGACUCCUACCACAUGCUGGAGCCGAUCAUCAAGAAAUACAGGGGGAAGGUGAGCGAUGAUCUGCAGAUCAGAUAUGCCCAUUCACCGCGUGUGUAUGGGAUGAAUACUCACCUGUCGGGGUCGGCUGUGUAUGUGUGUGUCUGGUCAGCUCUACUUCACCUACAUGGACCCAUCCCAGUGAGCGGAUCAGAUGCACACACGCCGAUAUGUCGUCUGAACACCUUGAUGCACACUGAUGCCAUCAGUGUCCAGGGUCCCCAUUUGGGUCUGAAGGGGGCGCCGAAAGAAGAGAUACUCAUCCUGGACAGAUCCAAAGUCAAGGUACGCACACUCACAGACGGGGACUCAAGGUGUACCUGUGUGGGUGCGGGUGACUGUCUGUGUGUGUGUGUGUAUGUGUGUGUGUGCACAGGACAUUGAGAAAGACGCUGCGGUUAAGUACCGGCUGGAGGGGCCAUUUACCGAGAAAAAGAUCGAGUACAGACCACACACACACACCUGCACACAUCUACGUGUUCAUUCUGGCAGGGGCUUCUUCGGCAAGUGGGAGAAGGGCAAGCUGAAGGCCUUCAAGCGGAGCGCACCCAUCCCUGAAAGCGAAUACGACGGAAACGUGCGGGUGCGUGCGUCAACACUGACACACACACGUGCACAUGCACUUACACGUGUGUGGGUGGGUAUGGUGCAGGUGUUGGUGGGCGACACGUGGGAGUCGGUCGUCAUGGAUAAAGACAAAGAUGUCUUCGUCGAGUACUACGCCCCAUGGUGA